CGAAAUACGACAAUAUCCUGUUGCGCAAAAGACCGCAGUUGUACCUGUACGACCAGGAAGUGGAAGUAGAAUUGAACUUGAUUGAUUUACUUUUCUUCUUUAUGGCUACGACCGGCAACACUUGAGUACGUCCAGGUUAUUUCUUGACUUCUCGCUCGCAAGAAUCUGAAUCAAUCUACUUACCAGCAUCAUGCCGACUAAAAACCAUACCUCCUCCUCCACCUCUUCCUGUUGGCUGGGGUACGUGGGCGAGCCUCUUUUCGACAAUUACGAGGGCAAAAUCCCGGCGGAGCACCUCUCGUACGCUCCCUACGAUCUGGAUCUCUACACGAGCCGCAUCGGCGGCUACCCGGAGUGGUUUGAAGCGAAUUGCCCCGCGGACGGGGUGGCGAUAGGGGAGACAAGAACAACUGCUGCAGGAGCUUCGAAGACACCUAACAAGAACUGGAGCCAGUGCCUGAACUGCGGGGAUCCGUUGACGUUCGUCUGCCAGCUGUAUUGCCCGAUAGAAACUACGACAAAUCUUCAGGCUGGAAGAACAGCACCAGCAGCAGAGACCACGGAUGGCAGCGGUAAGAAUGCAGCAGAAACAACAGGCUCGUGCAGCCCUUCUGACAGCGACCACCGAUUGCUGCACCUUUUUUGUUGCACCAACAAAGCGCAGUGCGGCAGCCUCGGGUCGAAGGGAUGGCGGGUGUUUCGGAGUAAGGUAAAGGCGGAACCACGAGGCGGGGGGCAGGAUUUUGGGUUUACUACAGCCGGAUCUUGUAGUUCUGCGACAGGAGAGGACGAAGAAGUAGAGCGACCACUUGAGCUAGAGCCCUCGAAAAUUAUGGAGCCUGGAGGACUAGAACCACCAGGAAAGGCCACUGAUGCAAUUACUAAUACCGAGCAUCAUGCAUUUUCACACACUAGUGCAGAAGAUUCCAGUACCAGAGAAGAUAUUUUUGCAGAAAAGGCCAUCGUCGAGGAAGUUGUAGAAGACGACGACGAUUGGGGCCUCUGCGACGAAGACCAGUUUCAGUCGGAAACCGCUGCGGUGUCGCUUUUCAACAGAACUCCUGAGCAAGACUACACAACUCUGUUUUCCUCCAACCACCCGGUGCAGCUCCUCUCGUCUGGAAUCCACGAGCCGCCGCCAUCAACCACUUUUGGCAAUCAGCACUAUGACGAGCCCGCGCCGGCCUCGAUUUGCUUGCCCCAGUUUACGUAUAUCAAUGUUUCUACUGAUGCGCCGGCGGACAGAGCAGCUCAAGCUCAACAGCCGUGGCCGUGCUUCCACUUGCCGUUUGCGCAGGAGCCGGGAAAGUGGAACGCUUCGUCGAAACUGUUCGAAAAAGAAAUGCAGCACGCGGAGCAUUUAUUGGAAAAGUACGUGCAGGAAAACAGCAAACUUGCCAUGCAGAAGAAGCAACUACAUGGAGCGCCGACAACUAUGUCGAAGAUGAACGACUCCCCUGGUGCUUCCACGGCUGCAACGACAACAAAUUCUGCCGCUUCCCCUGGUACCACUGCUGGCACAGUCGGAACGGCGGGGACCUGUCCAUCCCUCGAUGACGACGACGCCAUUGAUCCGGAGGUGCGGAAAGCGUUUGAGGAAACGAAGCGGCGAAGGAAUGCGAGGCAGAAGAACUACAAAGCAGCCAACGCCUGCUCGUCUGACGACAAUUCCACCGACGAGGAGAAUAAAGAUUCGGAGACGGAUCAUGGGGGGUCCUCGCGCCAUGCGAAACACAACGACUCCGACGGGGACGAUGAAGAAGCCACUGUGGAGCAGACCGCCUUCAACCUGUUUCAAAAACGGUUGAACCGGUCCCCUGAGCAGAUAUGAACUGCAAAAGCAUCGUAUUCGUAUAAAUGCAUGACAAAUAAUUUUCUCAGCAUGAGAAUAUAAGAUUUGUAAUGCGGAACUUACCUUAAGAAAAAGAUUUGUAAUGCUUGAUUGCCAUUAUGCGAGUGCGUUACUUUUGCCCAGGAUAGCAGAUCCUCCGGUACGACUUCAACGCCAGGAAGUUUCUGCAGCUCACACCCGUUGUAUACAGCAAGACAAAUAACAAAGCGACAGCGAGCAAAAACUACAGUGGAAGGACGAAUUGCAAAAGCGAUAGUAGAAGCAAGAGCUCUAGCAAGGGAAAUUGCAAAAUAAACCCUUUGCUGCAGCAGGUCGUCCCGCAACGCUGCAAGUUUUGCAACGCAGAAAAGGUGUACGAGUUUUCCCUACUUCCGUCUUUUCUGUACCAAAUGGUGCUGAACUGUCCGAAGUAUGUACGGAAGAAGCUGGAAAAGAACGAAAACGUGCUGGAAUUCGGGGCGGUGCACGUUUUUACCUGUGGGAAGAAUUGCGACAAGGCGCUGGAAAGUGUGGUGGAGGAAAGCGUCGUGCUGGAAUUAGCGAUAUGAUAACAUACUGUGUAGAUGAGUACAACAAUUCAUUGUAUAGCAAAUACAACUUUCUUCACUUUGUUUCAAGCGCAAGUCAAGUUGCGUUUUUACUGUUGCGACCGCAAGUGCAUCCUCAAGCGACACGAUCAUGCGAUUUACGAAAAGUAGCCUACACUAUCACCUCCACACGAGGAAGGACUUUAUUCUUUUGAAGCUAAGACACACACUGCAAACCCACC